AUAUAGCCAUAGAUUGAUACCCAAACUCGUCGUGCGCAGCCGUAUGUAUCAAACCCUAAUACUGCUCCCGACAGCCGUCAGACCAUGCGGUAGAUGACCGCGUUGAUCAUCCGACAGUACCAAAAUCUGUGUGGUCUAGCAGCCUCUAGCAACACUCCAGCUGCCUGGAUGCCGCCGUGUCAGACGCUUCAGACGUGCCAACUGACGCCCCGCUGAGACUGAGAUGCCUCGAAGUUGCUGCGCUUCUUGACAACGAUGAGGUCAAACCGCACGCCUGUCCGACCCUACAUGAUAGGCCCGAACGGACCCGUCACCGAUGCCCGAACGGGAUUACGCGCGAGGCUGCCGUCAGCACCCGCUGGGAGGUGGGCCGAAGACUGAAAGCUGCGUAUGUCGUCGGACCUCGCUCGGACCGACUUUGGGUGGAAGUCGCCUUCAUGGCCCGGCGUGCGUUGUUCUGCGGGCGAAUCGCCGGUGCAGGAUAAGUCGCUGCGAGCGGGCGAACGUUCAACGUUCAACGCCAUCGGCGAACAAAGCUGCGUCCGACGGCCGGCAUACAAUGGCAAGACGCCAACACCAGGAUGUAGAUGCAGAUGCCAGCCACGGCCCACGGCUGGGACCCGGGCCACCAAGCACCGACGCGACAAACGAGCACGCCUACACCUUUGCCCGCCGAACGCAGACCAGAAACUGCGCCGCUCAUGUGGUGGCUGAUAUGCGUUCCCUUCUUCUGUCUUCUGACUUCUCUGCUCAUCGAUGGACCACACGCGGCCGCGUUUGAACCAUGCAUCGCGUCAUGGCGGUCGAAGCCGCACAGCUAGCGACACCGGGCGCGCAAUCCAGAGCGUGAUGGGGCCAACCGGGGACAAGAAGUCCGGGGCUUGGGACGUGAUUACGCCGUGCGUCACGGGAUCCACUGCGGGACUGCUGCAGGGCAAAGUAAGUCGUCAAAAUCACCUGCGCGAUAGCGUGGUGAAACGUCUGGACUCGGUCAGCACCGGUGGCCCUGCGUGCAAAUCCGGGUCUUGGUCGUCUCGCUUCAGCAUGCCGCAGAACACUGGGAGAGACCCGCCAUGCCAGGGAGGACGUCCGAGGGCCACCUGCUAGGAUGAUAGGUAGGGUCCAAUCGUACCGAGUCCGAGUCCAGAGAGGCCUCGCACUGCCAAGCCGCCACGCCGCACCGAUACGAGCCACAUCUAUUCCAUCGACGAGGACUGUCGGCGUCCUCGUAUGUAGGUGCGUGUGUCCGCCCUUGUCCUCCAAGAGCCCGGCAUCCUGGCGGUUCCCUCUUCGAGCGCUGCUGCUCGCAGCUCUGAGCACAGGAGAGAUGCGCUCAGGGGGCGCUGCGGCUGGGAGGGACGAGGAGGAUGUGCCCAUGCCGCUCGGAGGCAACCCAGUUAUUUGCCGAGAAACUCGGGAUCCCGGCUCGGCUGAGGGACGGGCGACAGCGCCCCAGGGAGCUGCAAUCACUGUAAUUCCCGAAGUCCAUUUCGACUGUGGUGGCAGUCAAGGAGGCGUCGAGGGGGAACGUGCGCAUCGCUCUCCGGGGG